AAGAUAAAUAUCGUGUUCUUACCACCAAACACCACUUCUUUAAUUCAACCGUGUGACCAGGGAAUUAUCCGCACCUUGAAGGCAUAUUACAGAAAGGAAAUGCGUUCAAGGAUCUUAGAAAAUAUGGAAGACCAAGACGCUGAAGAUCUUAAUGCGAACGCUCUAGCCAAAAAAACAAAUGUUUUGGAUGCCAUACAUUUGUUAACAAUGUCAUGGAAUAAUGUCUCGGAAAAAACAAUUCGAAAUUGUUUUAGUCAUGGAGGAUUUUGUCAACCAGAGGACAACAAUGCUGCUGUAAUGAAAGAAAUGGAAGACGUUUUCAAUCCCCCGCCCGAUAUGAAUGCUGAGGAUUUUGAAGCAUGGAUGGAGAUCGACGAGAAGGUUGAGACUUCUACUUCGUUAACUGAUGAGGACAUUUGCGAAGCCGUAUGUGUCAAAGAUCCAGCUUCGUCACAAGAUUCUGAUGCCGAUGAUGAACCCGAAAGUGCUAUCGAGGACAAAAUUCCGACGCCUGCUCAGAUGAGGGAGGCACUUCGAGUCUUACGGCUAGGUGUGCAAAACAAAGCCGACGCGGAACACUUUCAUAAGCAUUAUGAUUAUGAGCGAUUCGUAAAUGACUUGCUUCGAAAGAAUGCUAAACAAUCGACAAUUGAUGAUUUCUUUUUCAGUUAAUAAUUAACCUUUUGUAUUUUGUAUCGUUUUCUGCAGUUCAUCAUUAAAUAUGUAACUAUACUAACUAAUUCUUUUUCUUUAGUGAAAAUUAAUUUCUAUUAAAUACUUUAGAGUUUCACAGCAACAACUCCGAAUUUAAAAUAAUUUUUAUUUUAAUACGUAUGUAAAAAAAUCAUUUUUAUACCUUAAAUUUUUUUUGUUUAUUGUAAUCAAUCGGUUAUUGUUAUCAAAUCAUGUUCGUCCCGAUGUGAUCACAUUAAGCGGCA